AUGAGCGCCGGAGAGCUUUCCCGGCUUAUUCGCGACAAACAGGUAUCGCCAGUAGAGGUGAUUGACGCUCACUUGGAGAGAAUUGAGGCCACGGAGCCAAUUCUGAACUCCUUUAUUACGCUGUUGGCAGAUAACGCCCGAGAAGUGGCCCACCGGGCUGAAACCCAGAUUCAAGCGGGAAACUAUCGCGGCCCGCUGCACGGCAUACCAGUGGGUCUAAAGGACCUGUUCAAUACGGCAGGGGUCAGGACCACUUCCGGUUCCAGGAUAUUUGAUAACUUUAUUCCCUCCGAAGACUGCACCGUCGCCACCAGGUUCCAGCAGGCCGGGGCCAUUCUGCUGGGCAAACUCAAUAUGCACCAGUUUGCCUACGGCCCUACGGGUGAAAAUUUCGACUACGGACACAUGCAUAAUCCGUGGGACCCGGAAAUGGUUACGGGCGGUUCCAGCGGCGGAUCGGGUUCAGCGGCGGCUUCGGGGCAGUGCACCAUUACUAUGGGUAGUGAUACCGGUGGUUCGGUUCGUAUCCCUUCAGCCCUGUGCGGCAUUGUAGGCCUGAAGCCCACUUACGGGCUGGUCAGCCGAGCCGGUCUGACUCCUCUUUCCUGGUGCCUGGAUCACCCGGGCCCAAUGGUUAGGACAGUUGAAGACGCUGCCAUCACCAUGAAUGCGAUAGCUGGGCACGACCCAAAGGAUCAGGCCACUACCACGCGGGAGAUUCCCGACUAUACUGCCGCCUUAACCGGAUCCGUACAGGGCCUUAGGAUCGGGGUAGUAAAAGAGUAUUUCAGCGCUCCCCUUGACCCUGAAGUGGAAACUGCAGUUCGCGCGGCUAUUUCCCAGUUGGCGGAGAUGGGUGCCACCAUCACCGAGGUUUCGCUGCCUCUGUUCAGCGAAUCCCAGGCAAUUUCAGGGACCAUACUAAUGUCGGAAGCUGCCGCAUACCAUCGUGACCUGCUCGCCAGGGAUGGGGACAAACUAACUCCUUCAGUGCGAUUACGGUUAGAGGCAGGACUCUUCGUGACGGCCGCUGAUUACCUGAAAGCACAGCAGGGUAGGGCCAGAUUCAAUUUCGAGAUGGCUCAAGUAUUUCGGGAAGUAGACCUUUUGGCCGGGCCCACCGAACCAGUAACAGCGCCUCCGAUCCUGGCUACAGAGAUUGGAAUCGGAGAUCAGACAGUGGGUGUAACCGGAGCCCUAACCCAAUACACCAGGCCAUACAACAUUAGCGGUACGCCUGCUAUCACUGUCCCUUGCGGUUUCUCUGAAUCGGGAAUGCCCAUAGCAUUGCAGCUGGCCGGACGGCCUUACGAUGAAGCCACAGUGCUUCGGGCCGCCCACGCUUAUGAACAAGCAUGCGACUGGCGUCAGAGGUGCCCACCAAUUUAG